UGUGUGUGAAGAGAUACAGAGAGACAGAGAGAGAGAGAGAGAGAAGUAGGAAAAUGGGGCUUGUAGAGCAGUGUCUGGUCUUGUGGCUUGUGUGGUUUGGAGCAGCGUUGGCCGGAGAAGAAGAAGGAAGGAGCUCAAAGGAAGAAGAGGAAAGAGGAAUUAAUCAAGCUAUGUAUGAAAUGAGAAGACCAGGGUUCUUGUACACCAGAAAUACAGGAAGAUGCACUCCUCAAUACUGGAGUAGUGGAAGAGAGACGUGGCCAAGUAGUGUUCCCGAGCAAUCAUCGGUCUAUAGGGUAUUUGGAUCAAGGAUGUUGGAGAGGUACGAACGAGGAAUGACCCUGUUCGAAGCUAUAGAGAAGAAUGACGACGUUGGUGGUGGCACGGCCUUCACCAAGCUAAUCAAGCAGUCCAGUGCAGCUCUCCUCAAUGCCUACACAAGACCGGGUUUCCGUUUUGCUUCUUGGGAGGUCAAGACACUACUCCUCGAAGCUCUCGUCUCUGAGGAGGCUGCUGCUUCACAAGCUGAGCAUUUUGCUCAGGCUAAACAGUGUAUGCUCUUAGUUAUGUUGUUUUUCUAAAUUUUCUCUUUGCUGGACCUUUUGAUUGUUUAUGUUUGCAACUAUGCAUAAGUAGAUGACCAGAUUGUUGGAACAUGUUUGGUAUCUUAAUUUAAAUUCAUAGAGUUUGUGGCUAGUAUCCUUG